GAAGUAUCUGACCGUAGUAAUCUGGUUUUCGCAGUAAACUAUUUGACUUUUUAUUCUCUACUUGUCUUGUGACUCUCUGGCUGUAAGAAUCUCUGGUGCAGUAAUUCAAAUAAAACAUUAAGACAGUUUGAGGAUCUGUUAAGUUACAAGGAGAGCUAAGAGUAGCAUCUUGUGAGUCCGAUCCACUAGCCUUAUAAAGAAAAGUUCCCUUCUUACAAGGAUUAACUACGAGUUACUGUCCUUCCCUGGAUUACUAGCAGGGCUGUAGAGUGACAUGGCUACAGAGUUUUCAUGUCAUGAAAUAGAGAAACACUCAAGACUCAGCCAAAGAGAACUUUUGAUAUAUUGUGAACCACAAUGGAAGAUUCUCAACUCAGUUGCCCAAAUGAAUCAGAAAGUAUGCCAGGGCUGGAGCGCACUACACACACAGACCUAAGCAUAAUAAACAAUGAAAAAGACAAGUCAUCUGUAUCUGUAGAAGGUUCCAUAUGUAGAAUGGGGAUUAUUAAAUUAUCUGUGAAAGAUUAUAUGAGCUCUCUCCAUAACUAUAUAGAAACAUUUUCAUCAGCAAAAAGUGAUGGAACCACCAAACUUGCCCCAAGUCUUCCUAGAAGCAUCUCAGAUAUGCUGAAACUAUGUGAGGCAGAUCCAGUGGAUCUCCUCCUUGAUCUUGGAUUUGGCAUUGAUGAACCUGACAUCUGCAAUAAAAUUCCUUCCCGUUUCAUCAUGACACCUUCUGAAGCUAGAGGAAUUAACACUCGAGUAUUUUUAGAUGCACAGAAGAAGAGGUUGGAACUUGAGAAUCCUAAUUUGUGUGGACGUUUCCGGCAACUAGAAGUCCUAGAACAAGUGACCAGUGCAUUUUCCUCAUUGUUGAAUGAUAUUCACACUGUUCAAAAUAAUAAUGGUCACAAUGCAAAUUCUGAGAGGAAGUCAGCACUAACUCCAGAGAAGAGAAGAAGAAUACGACAACUUAUUUGGAAAUUUUCUAAGCAAGUGAAAAUUGUUGAUGAGAAUGUCAGCCCAACUAUAGCUAAAGCAAAGGCAGAAGUACCUGAGGAAGACCAAGAACAUCCAGGGCCUUUAAAGGAUUACAGCAACUUGAAGGUCUUCAGAAAGCAAAUGCAUGGUACUGAGGACAGCAAUUUGGUGACUUUGCCAGCUGGGGAUUACAGUAACACACCAAUGGAUGGGCAAGAAUCUGAAGCAUGUUCACUUUCUAUACCGAUGAAGCAAUGCAGUCAUUCUGACAUUGCAAGCAAAAUCAGAACACUCAAAGGCUCCAAACUGCUUUCUAAGACAUUAAAAAAGACUGCUCAACAAAGACUCCAGUCUCCAGAUCCUGAGUCGUUUGAAAUGGAAGAAGUGCUGAGUUUUGAAGAAGAUUGUCCUAGGACGAUGAAGCAAGACAGCAUAUCAGAAAUGACCAGAACAAACAGCUGCCAGUCUGACAGUAGUGGAUUCCAAGAAGAACCGACAGAGCCUUUACCUCUACAGAAUCUGCAUGAAAGCUCAGACAGUAAUGAUAGUCAGACUACUCUCAGGGGGAAAGCGGAUUUCUCUGCCUUUCAGGAUGAAAGUGAAGAACAUGAUGAUGCCGGUCACGUCAUCGAACCUUCACGGUCAAAUUCUAAUAUUGCCUUAAGUGGAUUUAAGAAAGAAAAGUCAUUGUCAACAAACACUGAGAACAGUGAAGAUAUGUUUCAGAGCUUUGAUAGUUCCAUUAAUAAUGCUGAUGAAGACAACAUGCAAGAAAUAGAAAGUCAAGAACCAGCAGUAGAAGAUACCGGAAAUGAAGCACAUGCAGAAAAUGACGGCGGUCUACCACAAUGUGAAAUAGAUGGUUCAGUCAGUGAAGAUGAAGUACAGUCCCCGAAGGUUCCUUCAGAAGUUGCCUUCCCAGUUUAUGUCACACAUUACUUAAGUGAUAUUAGGGAAAGUAUCCCUGAAUCCCCUGGUGAGAUAAAUGAUAAUCUAACACCAGACUUCCCUGAAGACUGUGUAAGCGAUCACAAGAGUGAUAGUGAGAGAGAUUCAUUUGCAGAUGAUGAGUGUUCAGUGGAGUUGUCCAACUUGAAAUGGACACCAUCUCCUACCCCAGAAGGAUCUGUAGAUUACUCAGAUGGGGAGCUAAAUGCUAGCUACCAAGAAGACAAAAAGAACACAUUUCAGACAGAAAUAAGCACAAAUAUUUACAAGUCAGUGACCAUUCAAAUGGCUUCAAACUGGCUACAAGAUGCAAAUGAUGGAUCACACAAACCUAAUACUGUUAGCACAAAUACUAACAGAAGUGAAGUGCAUGCUUUAUUACAGCGCUAUACAGAACAAAAGGAAGCCUUUAGUCAGACUGAUAUGGGGUGGUGGAAUGAAUGCUGUACUAACAAUCACUGUUCACAUCAACGGAGAUGCAAUGUCACGGGAUCACUGUCAUUUGAUACCGCUUUCUGGAGCCCACACCACUUUCCACAUUCACCCCCGAGCACCAAUUGUUGUCACUGCUGUCACUGCCACCACUGCUGUACCCCAAGAAGCCCAACAAGAUACAGGCACAAUGUAUCUAUGAGACCUUCUACUCACAGCAACCUAGAAAAAGAGUUAUCAGAAACACUGAAGUUAUUGAGGGAGUCUUUAAUCUCUAUAUCACUGAAUACAGACCAGGAUGUGGAAAACAUGAAAAAAGCAUGUCAGAAAUAUCGGGAGAAGCUUAUUGAAAUUGAACAACGUCUGUCAGAACAGCAAGCUGGAUACUAUCAUAUUUUUACAAGGGAAGAAAGGGAAAAUAUAAGAAGAUUGCAUUUGUUACGUCAAAAUGUUUUGAAAGAAGCAUUUGAAUUGGAAUUUAAUUUGGAUGCGCGAGCACGUCAGGUGAAGGAGACUAUUUCGCUGCAACUUGAAGAGGUUUUAGAAGAGCAAUCACGACUGUAUUCAGACCUGGAAUUUAAUAACUUGGAACAUCAGAGGAAUCCUAUGAAACGCUACGGAAGUCUACAUAGGGCCCACAGUUUACCAUCAACUUCAUCUUGCAUGGUUCAAAAAGAAGUUCCGGGCAUUCCAAUAAAGCAAGAAGAAUCAAGGAAUCAGUCACAAAAGAUUGACCUAAGCACUAUAUUACAAAAUAUUAAGAAAACCUUCAGAAGUUUGAACAGCUGAACAGCUCCUAACAAAACAAAACCUAAGGACGUAGCAUUCAAGUUUUCUGGAUUCUUGACAUCAGCAAAUCUAGAUACAUGGAAAACCUAUGCAGUAGACUGUUAAUAUCAGCUCGGAGAUGGUUCUGCAAGAACAUGAACUCUCAUUGAUGUCUCAAAGAUUUCUAGGACUUUCGAUUACUAUUAUCAAGUACUGUGUAUGGGUUCACUGCUGUACCAGAACCUUGUGUUCUAGAGGAACAAGAACAGUAAAUUGUUGCUAGGAAACCGACAAUACAUUGUAAUUCUUGUCAGACUAGAGGAAAACGUUCAUCUUGUACAAGAAAGGAGGAGGCUCCCAAGAUUCCCUGUGCAUAAUCUUUCCUAGUUAGACACUUGACAUAAAGUCAUUGGAUUCUGUUUGUCUAUUAAGAAAGGGGAAAAGUUUCCUUACAUAUUACUGUUAAACUGUCAGAGAGAUCUCCUCCUCCCUUCAAAUGUUGUGUAUGUUAUAGAAGCGUAAGUAAUAGAUCCACCUACACUAGAAGAUCCUACCCACCUCUUCUUUCGAUUGUGUGUCACACAAUUUUUAGCAAUUGAAGCAAACAAGCGAGGAGGCAACAGCAACACAGUCUUAUAACCAUUCUAUAAGAGAUAGUGAAUGGAGAAAAGCAGCAGACUGUUCUGACAAAUGGGAUGGUAUGCUAUAAACCUGCUUUUAUAUAGCUAUGAACCUCAAUCAAGUAUAGGAAGAUGACCUACAGUAUAGUCUUGAUGAUGUACUGGUUACUUGUAAUGUUUAAAUAGAACAUGUUAAAAUAUUUGGUCUAUAGAAAACAUUCUCUAGGGGAUAUUUUUUCAUUUACCUCUGCAUGAUGACAAACUAGAAAAUAAACAUUCUGAAAAGUGUUAAAACUGACAUCACUCAUGGAGGAAAUAUUUCCUUUGGGUUGCUGAGCUAUAAUUUAACAUAGGACCUGCCUGAAAUUGACUUAGGAUAUACUUGAGUAACAUUUUUAAAAGAAAUAUGUCCUACUGAGACUGUAUUGCAAAAUAGUAUUUACACAUCUUCACUAAAUUAGGGACUAUAAACUCAGACUAGCAUAAAAAUGCCAUCAAGUUAUACUCACUUGCCCUGAUUCCCCGCCAUCCCAACAGUCCACAGUCCUAACUGUGAAGCUCUACAAUGUUCAGCAGCGCUUCCCAGUUUACUUUUUGAGGUGUAGUUCUACUUUUUUUUUCGUAUAGCGAAGUAGAAACACAGCAUAAUCCAAGAUACUAUAGAGUUGGAUCAAUGUUAAUGAUAUUAACAUCUUCAGCAACUGAUAAAUGUAGGGUAGUCUUCAAUUGAAAAGCCAGUUAGAGGCUAUAGAGAGCUAUACUAAUGGAAUGGAGGUGGAAGGACUAGAAUACAACAUAAAAUAAUGUGCAUGAAGAUUAUUGAUCUCAUUUUCAGUAAAUAAAAUGCUGCAUUUACAGUUGCAACUUGUUUGCAUUUUCGUAGUUUUUUUUAUUAUUCUCGCUUUAGGGUCCACCUCUAGUUUAACUUCUUAAAGGGGUAUUCCAGGAAAAAAACUUUCUUUUACAUAUCAACUGGCUCCGGAAAGUUAAACAGAUUUGUAAAUUACUUCUAUUAAAAAAUCUUAAUCCUUGCAAUAGUUAUUCGCUUCUGAAGUUGAGUUGCUGUUUUCUGUCUAACUGCUUUCUGAUGACUCACGUCCCGGGCUGUGCAGUUCCUAUGGGGAUAUUCUCCCAUCAUGCACCGCUCCCGGAACGUGACAUCAUCAUUGAGCAGUUAGACAGAAAACUUCAGAAGCUAAUAACUAUUGGAAGGAUUAAGAUUUUUUUUAUAGAAG